UGUUAGUAUUAGGUUAGCUUGCUUAGACAGAAUCCUACAUGUGGUCGAUAAAAUGGAGUCGGCAAUAAAAUAACAGACGACACGUCGCAUUUUGUCUCAGCGGGUCUCCAUCAAGCCGAGGGGGCUUCUACAGAAAUGGCAAACCUGAAUUGGAAACCGUUCGUCUACGGGGGGGUGGCCUCAAUUGUCGCAGAAUUCGGCACCUUUCCCAUCGACCUGACCAAAACGCGACUCCAGGUCCAAGGCCAGUCUCACUGCAUGGAGGUCCGGUACAGGGGCAUGUUCCACGCCCUGUUUCGGAUCGGCCGCGAGGAGGGUGUCCGGGCGCUGUACUCCGGAAUCUCACCGGCUCUCCUUCGACAAGCUUCCUACGGGACAAUCAAGAUAGGCACAUACAACACUCUGAAAAAACUCUUCGUCAGCCGCCCCGAAGAUGAAACCAUGGUGAUUAACGUGUUCUGUGGCGUGGUGGCAGGAGUGUUGUCGUCAUCUUUAGCGAACCCCACCGACGUCCUUAAGAUUCGUAUGCAGGCACAGGGCAGUCUGCUCCAGGGCAGUAUGAUGGCCAACUUCAUUAACAUUUACCAGACUGAGGGCACCAGAGGACUGUGGAGGGGAGUCAUUCCCACAGCGCAGAGGGCUGCCAUCGUGGUGGGGGUGGAGCUUCCGGUCUAUGACAUCACCAAGAAGCACCUGAUUCGCUCAGGCCUCAUGGGGGACACCGUGCUAACACAUUUCAUUUCCAGUUUUGCCUGCGGCCUGGCGGGGGCGCUGGCGUCCAACCCGGUGGACGUGGUGCGGACGCGUAUGAUGAACCAGCGGGUGUUGGCGGGGAAUCACCUGUAUAAGGGUACGCUGGACGGCCUGAUGCACACGUGGAGGAGCGAGGGCUUCUUCGCCCUCUACAAGGGCUUCUGGCCAAACUGGCUACGCCUGGGGCCUUGGAACAUCAUCUUCUUCAUCACCUUCGAGCAGCUGAAAAAACUUCCAUUAUAA